CAAAAGGUCAGAUGUAACACAAAUAAGGAGUAACGGUCUCUAGCUCAACAAGCCACAGUGUAAGACUGAAAACAGUUGUUUUUUUUCACCCACAGGGUUAUAAAACCAUGGAACCGUCUACCCGUCGAAACCGUCAAUGCUAAAACUCUUGAAUUUUAAAAUCCUGCUUGAAAAAAAUCAUCAGGACAAAUGAGGGACCUUCAACAAGCUGCUGACUUCCGGUCCCCGAGACCACUAGAGUGCUAAUGAACUGAAAUAAAUUCAUGUGAAUUCAGAUAAAUAAAUGUGAAAAUUGAACCAUGCAUCUAGCGAUAGCGACGGAAAUCAUCACUGAACUAAGUCAACUGUCAUACAGGAACGGUCUAGGUGCCAUAGGACUAACAAUGCGAAACAAUCAUGAUGAGCUGAUCUCAUCGAGACCUUUACAAUACUGAAUAAGUUUGAAGGAUAUUAAUCCACUUCAUAUAAUGGCCAAACGUAACGCAAGCAAGGGGCAUGAGCUUAACAGCAAGGAUCGAGAUGCUGUUCACCCAUAGGGUUAUAAACCCAUGGAAACACUUACCCACCGAAGUCGAAGACUUCAGUUCAAGAUCCAAUUAGAGAAAAUUCUCUUGAGCAAUGGGAGGGAUCUUGACAAGUCGCCGGCUUCCUGUUCCCGCCGAGGCCACUGGAGAUGUGACCUUGGGGUAAAUUCAGAUUUAAAAAUUACGUGGCUUCAAAUGACAAAUGGAGAAAUGUAAGCGGUGAUGGCGGUACAGGAGACACGUCCAGAGCAGCACGGGCCGCCUGGCGAGUUAGUUACCCCAUAGCUGUCCUGGGGGAAGGGUCUGUCUCUCCAAGAUGGAAGGGCCAAACUCGUUCAACAAACACAAGUUGAACUGGCGGGCAGUGGCGCCCCGCAAGAACCCGCGGAGGCUGAGGGACCUGACCCUGUCACACCUCGCGGCUGCCUUCACCUUCACCAUCACAACCCCCUCACCUGCACCUCUUCCCAAGGAAUUGAUCCAGAUGUGUGUGGUUGUUAAGACGAUGCUGCCUUUGGAGCUGCGGACGGCAGUGGUUCAAGAGGUUGGGGAGAUGCAGGCAGUCCACGACCAUCUCACUCUCGUCAGGAUGGUGUUUCUCAAUCUCAUGGUUGAUGUGCAGCACCUGACUGUGAUCGCCAACUUUAGCACGGGUUCUUGGUUACAUCUUGGGCAAGAGUACUGUACCAAUUUGCUAGAACAACUGGGGCCCACGUCCAAGUUCAGCCUACAUAGUCUUCACCUGGACGGGGUGACUAUGACGGCUGGAGUUCUCGCCGAAAUCAUUCAUCGUUCGCCAUAUCUUACCUCAGUUCAUGUAGCUGGCGAUGAUGCAGCUUCAGAAGUUUUGUCUUAUAUUAAAAAGAAUCCCCGAGGGCUACACUCGUUGCAUCUUGACUCCUGCAGUGUAACAGAUUUGGACGUCGUGCACGCCUUGGUUAAAAGCUAUAUGGAUGUUAACUCCUGGUUGGAUAUUGGUGGUAACGAUGACGAUCUGGAUACCUCUUGCCCACCACUUUCCCAAUUGAUAAUCCAGUCCCCUUUAGUUACCCUGUGCGGCGCCGUGGUGCUACUUCACUCAUUACGUAACCUCAGGAGCCUCCAGUAUAGCUAUUGGAACACGUCCCUCUGUAAUCUUUUUGUGUACUUGAAGCAGAAAUCGUCUAGCGCGGCACCUUUCAACCUUACAUCGCUCUCCCUGUGGCGGGCCAGUGGAAGGGCUCUUGAGACAUUAAGCCUGUGUCCAAGGCUGCAGUGCCUCAUGAUGGAGUGUACAGACCCUUCCCUCACCUCUAUGUCCGCUCUCACUCGACUUGAGCACCUUGUCUCUCUUACACUCAGACUUGUUCCCGAGUCUCUCAUCGUCGCUGCUGUCCAAGCAACUGGCAAGAAGCUCCACGUCCUAGAAAUAGAGUUCGAUGAAUACACUCGAACGCCCGUCUCGUGGGAGACUGUAAGAGUAAUACAAACCCACUGUAUGAGCCUGCAGCGCCUUGAGUUACACAACCUCAUUAUCGUCGACACUCCGGGGACUAUGAUAGUGACUUCUUCUCAUCGGAGAUCUUUAUUCAGAGAACUGGUUCAUCUGAACCUUUCAGGCGUGAUAAUACAGUCCUCUCUGUUGGGUCGGUUGCUGUCCAAAAACUCUGCUCUGGAAACCAUGGUGCUGGAUGUUAACCAAGAUGCUCUUACCGACACAGUCUUAACCUCACUUUUAAGGAACAACGAACUAUGCCACCUAAAUUACAUAUACCUCGGUGCUGGAUUGUUGUCGGUGGAAUCCAUCACCUCCCUUCUAACGCUAUCAGCGCUGGCCAGACUCUCCGUACAUUUACCUCGCUUCCCCUGUAUCCCGACCUCCACCUUCUCUCAUCUCCAGUUCCAGCUGCUCAAGGGCAACUACCAAUGUACCUUGGAAAACGCAGCCAAGGAUGAUUGAAGCCUCGUGUCACUACAGUUAUCAAUCAGCAACUGCAAGUUGCUAGCCUGUGGUGUACUUGCGUAAGACUGCAUGCAUGCUAAAUAACAUGAAUAAAAUAUACAUGUACCAAGAACUUGAACAAAACCUUGUAGAUCUGAGGCAGAGUGUAAUUCCAUUUAUCGAACUAUCAUGCAAGAAGAGCCACACAUCUACGGAUCACACAAUAAAAUCAGCAGACUCGAAGAUGUUACUACUGCUCGACUAUAAGUAUUAAUGGAAAUUUGCAUUACCCGCUGAUGCAAACCUUACCAAAUGUAAACUAUCAACACAAUUAUUCGCACACCCUCCAUUACUGUAAUGAAGGGAGUACGAAAAUAUACAUCAAUUUAGAGAUAACUAUAACAAAUGUUAAAGGGAUGUGCAAAUGUCAUUCAAAAUUAUCUACCACCAGAAAUUUUGGCCUAAUAUCCCGUUUGAUAACUGUAGGUAAUAAAUGUGGGCGAUUGAACAACCUAUCCACUGCUGCCUACUAGAAUGGGGGGCGGUGUGCAGGAUAUUAUAUAUUAAUUGCGAUACUAGCUCACUGCAUGUAAGUUGCUUAGCUUAGAGGCUGUACUUGUGGUUGGUCUCAAACCCAUUAAUGACGAAACAACAUACAAUGCAUUUUGUAACUGGCUUAUCAAGACUUAAUUUCCUUAGCCAAAUGAAUUUGGGGAUUUAGUCCCCGAGACCAUUAUGUGCCUCGAACCCUUCUUGACUAAUGCAUAAUAAAUGAACUAUAACUGCA